GAGGAGAGAGGCAGUCGCGUGGCUCUGUUACUGGGAGAGCUAGGUGCUGCAAUCUAGUGCUACAGAGCUAAAGAGAUGCAGAGAGAGACUGCGUGCCUGAGGACUUCAUAGCUGCAUAGGGCAGCUUUUUAGAUACAGCUAGCCAGAAGGAAUAACUGCAGUUUUUGCUCUGUUUUGAAUUGAAGCAGUUUUCACGAGGAUGCAGUUUGGGAGAUGAGUGGUCUCAGGGAGGAGCAUGCUGUGCUGUGUCAGAGGGCAGUCCACCUCAUCACUGAUCUUUGCCACAAGAAAAGCCCCAGCUUGGACCUCGAAACCUGCCGGGACUUCUUGCUGUUGCCGUCGGACCAGAGCCCUAGUAUCACCGAUCCAGAGCUCUCGAUCACCCUCCUCGCUGUGGUAGUUAUCGUGUGUGGCCUGGCCCUGGUGGCAGUCUUUCUCUUUCUCUUUUGGAAGCUCUGCUGGGUGCCCUGGAGGAACAAGGCCCUCUCGUCGAGCGACACCGGCCUCGCCCCGCCCUGCCAGGCCCCCGCUGGAGGCGGAGACUUUGAGAAGGACAGCAUGGCGACGGACAAGCUCAAGGAGCAGAGCGGAAUGGGCUUCCUGGAGGCAGCGGUGAAGAUCAGCCACACCUCCCCGGAUAUCCCUGCUGAGGUGCAGCUCUCCAUGAAGGGGCACAUCAUGAGGCACACCCGCAUCCAGAGGCAGUCGACUGAGCCAGCCUCCUCCACAAGGCACAGCUCUUUCAAGAGGCACCUCCCGCGGCAGAUGCAGGUCUCCAGCCUGGACGACGACACGGACCUCCUGUAUGUCAACGAGCAGCCCACCAGCAUCGGUCGCAUCAAGCCGGAGCUGUACAAGCAGAAAUCUGUGGAGGCGGAGGAGUCCACCAAGGCCAACCUCAAGCCCUGCGGCACCAUCAACUUCUCUCUCCAGUACGACUACGAGAUCGAGGCGCUGGUCGUGCGCAUCCUCAAGGCCUUAGACCUGCCCGCCAAGGACCUGUGCGGCAGCUCGGACCCAUACGUCAAGAUCUACCUGCUCCCCGACCGCAAGUGCAAGUUCCAGACGCGCGUGCAUCGCAAGACCCUGAACCCCACCUUCGACGAGGCCUUCCACUUCCCCCUGCCCUACGAGGAGCUUGCCAACCGCAAGCUGCACCUCAGCGUCUUCGACUUCGACCGUUUCUCCAGGCACGACAUGAUCGGAGAGGUCAUCCUGGAGAACCUGUUCGAGGCCUCCGACCUGUCGAGGGAGACGUCGCUCUGGAAGGACAUCCAGUACGCCACCACGGAGAGUGUGGACCUGGGGGAGAUCAUGUUCUCUCUGUGUUAUCUGCCCACUGCUGGGAGACUCACCCUCACUGUCAUCAAGUGCAGAAACCUCAAAGCCAUGGACAUCACUGGAUACUCAGACCCGUACGUGAAGGUGUCCCUGCUCUGCGACGGGCGACGCUUGAAGAAGAAGAAGACAACGAUCAAGAAGAACACACUGAACCCCACCUACAACGAGGCCAUCAUCUUCGACAUCCCUCCUGAGAACAUGGACCAAGUCAGCCUGCUCAUCUCCGUCAUGGACUACGACCGGGUGGGGCACAAUGAGAUCAUCGGGGUGAACCGCGUGGGGAUUACGGCUGAGGGGCUGGGCCGAGACCACUGGAACGAGAUGCUGGCGUACCCCCGCAAACCCAUCGCUCACUGGCACUCCCUGGUGGAGUCCAAGAAAUCUGUCAAAGAGUGGCAGGGUCGUACUGCCAGCUUCGACAGCCAGUGCUCCUGCCCUUCCCCCAAGCCUCCUGCCACCCCCUGAGAGAGACCCAGAGAGUGAAGGAGGAGUGAGAGGAGCUGCCCUGGCCAUCGCCGCCAGCACGGCUGUGAACAUACUAUACAGUGUCCCUGUCUGUCUGAGGAAAAAGGAAAAACACUCCCUCCUUACCCAUCCCAGCUUCACUUCCAAAGAGAGACCACAGAACUCUCCUCAAGCACAAGGAAAUCGCAGACUGAACCCUCAACACGUGCUGCUCCUGGCAGCGCAGCAACGAGAGCUGGAAUCAUUUGAGAACCCACGUUUGCACUCGGAGUGGAUAUUUUUGUAUUUCAUUAAUCCUGAAUGCGAGAAGUGUAAUUUUAAUUUCAUUUUAAAGGCCUGUAGAUCUCUCCCAGGACCAAGCUCAUGUAUUACAGGAGAAUCUUCUCUCUCAAAGUAUUUCUUCCUAUAUCGGGGCUCUGUUCACAAACUAGCGAGUUAUUUAAAGAAAGUGUUUUAAAAAUGUUUUUGUUGUUCUUGAUGGAUUAAAUAAAAGUUUGGAUUUUUAUUAAA